CCUACCGAAAACAACGAGAUACUGAUGCAGUGAAUUGCAAUUCCGAACAAUUGAAGGAUGGUGCCUGUUCCUUCUCUUGCAAUUCCUUCCCCUCCCAAGUUACGGGUUAAUCUGUUUCAGUGCCAACCUUGCCAAGCCCAUCGAUGCUCAGAAAUACAUCUUCCCCACAGAAUAUUUUGUACUCGAACUCGUUCAGUUAAAGUUAAAGUGUCAACGGCAGACCAUAAUGAGCCUAACGGGGUUAAUAUGCAGCUCGGAGUCCUCGGGGAGAAACUCAGAGCAGCAAUACCAACAUCAGUUCAAGAAUUUCCCUGGAGAAAAGCUGAGCAGAUAGUUCUAGAAAGAGUAGUUUUUCUUGUGCAAGAGGCAGCGAAGUGGUCUCUUGUUCUAUUUUUUGUUUUUGGCUCUUUAUCGGACGUUGUAUAUACAUUUUCCAUAAAUCGGGAACUAAUAAUGCCUGUUGGCCUAUUUGUUGGCUGCCUAAUGGCCGAUUUCUUGAAGGAGAUCUCACAAGAACUGUUUCAUAAAUCCGAGGAAAAGGACUUGAAAUGGCAUCUUCUGGGCCUAUACAGCUUUUUUGUGUUUGUCAAGUUUAUAUCGACUAGGUUCGCGAUACAACCACAUGUAUUUCUCUUGCAUGUUGGAAAUGGUGGCUUGAUGCAGGUUUUGUGGUCUUGGAGAAAAUCUAUGGAAAAUGCAACAAGCAAGUCAGAAGAAAACAACACCUCCAAUUUGGAGUCUUCAUGAUUUUUUUGCCGGAUCUUUUUAAUAACUAAUGCUGGUUUUGUACUUUUAUUUAACGUAAAUAUCAGCCAUCAAGCUCAUUUGAUCCGGCAAUCGAUUUAACUGUAUCUGCUAUCAUGUAUGAGUUGAUCUCAGCAGCCACCAAUCCCUUUCAAGUUUCAAUUGUCUUGCUCUUGUGGGCUGGUUAUUUAUGCUGCCUAUUCAAGUGGAUGCCUCAUACCUAAAGGAGCACAUUUCUGAUAUUCAUUGUUAGCAUGCCAUUUAACUAUCAAGAGAUAUCAUGUUUUGUUGGCCUGUGAUAUGAAUGCUAAAAAAUAUAGUUCAAGAUUUCAUGUA